AUAUGAUGUCUUUGGUGGAAGGUUUUUCCAAUGCCACUUUACUGUGAAAGCUAUAUUGAGCAAACCACAUUGACGUUGAAGGGAAGAGAACUCGUAUAUAACAAAACUCUGUUCUUGGUGAAAAGCAUCGACCUUUCAUCGAAUAAUUUAGAAGGUGAAAUCCCUGAAGAAAUAACAAGCCUCAUAGCGUUAAGUACCUUAAACUUGUCAAGAAAUCAACUAAGGGGAAACAUUCCUUUGAAGAUCGGAAACCUGCAUUGGCUGGAAACUCUUGAUCUCUCACACAAUCACCUUUCGGGACAAAUUCCUCAAAGUUUGUCUUCUUUAACCUCCUUAUCUUACUUGAACUUGUCUUACAACAACUUGGGUGGAAGGAUUCCUUCUGGGAACCAACUCCAGACGCUCGAAGAUCCCUCCAUUUACGAGGGCAACCUUUUACUGUGUGGAGUUCCUCCUUCAACUAAGUGCCUAGGAGAUGAUACUUUUACUGCUACAGAUGCGAAAGACAGCAACGAAGAUGGAAAUUAUAAGUUGUGGUUCUAUGUUAGCAUGGUACUGGGUUUCACCGUAGGCUUUUGGGGUGUUUGUGGUACAUUGCUUGUGAAGAAGUCAUGGAGGUAUGCUUAUUUUCGAUUGUUCGAUGACAUCAAAGAUAAGGUAAUGCUAGCAAUUGCAGUCAAAGUGGCUCAUUUUCAAAGGAAACUUUGAUUCGAGAAGAAAUCUCUCAAGAUUAAAAUACGACAAGCCAAGUGCUAACUACCAAGUUCAUGUACUACGUAUUUAGUUUAUCUAUGACUAUCAUGUAUGUGUAAUCACUGUAAUGUACUGCAAGCUACUAAAUAAAUCAUGUUUUUCCAUA